AUGGCUAGUUCGCUUUCAAAGCUUCGAGUCGCGGUAGUCCAGUUGAAUCCCAAGUUGGGCCAAGUGCAAGCGAACAUCCAGCGAGCACGAGAGCUAUGCAGCAAUCUCCAGCCACACACCCUUGACCUAAUAUGCUUCCCAGAAAUGGCAUUCACGGGAUACGUAUUCGACGAUGCGGAGGCUAUAGGUCCCUACCUCGAGGAACGACACACAGGACCGACGUCCCAAUUUUGCGCAGAAUUGGCCAAGAAGCUGAAUUGCUACGUCAUGGCAGGCUAUCCUGAACGACUCUCCGAGGCUGAGCGCGCAGAGCCUGUCGUCGACACGGAAAAGUCGUGCCCGAACCCAGUGGGCGCCAAUAGUGCUGUCGUCUAUGGCCGAAAUGGGGAACUGGUCAGUCAUUACCGCAAGUCGAAUCUCUACGAUACAGACAUGACGUGGGCAAAGCCUGGCACCGGCUUCGCGUUUCUCAAACUUCCCGAUCCCCUUCGUUCGGUAAGCCUUGGGAUAUGCAUGGAUCUCAACCCCGAGCGAGGGAAGACCUGGAGUUUAGAGGAAGGGCCAUACGAAAUCGCGGACCACUGUUUGAAGAACAAGACUAACCUCCUGGUUCUUUUAAAUUCAUGGCUGGAAUCUCCGUACAACCCUGUUGACGAAGACGAUAACGACUGGAGCACGCUGGAGUAUUGGGCUGCGCGGUUGCGCCCUUUGUGGGCAAAGGAUGACUCUGGGCUCAGGAAGAACGACUCUUCUCACCAACCAAAGGAGACAAUUGUGGUGCUGUGCAAUCGGUCUGGGAGUGAAAAUGGCAAAACAUUUGCGGGCACUUCUGCUGUGUUCAAGUUAACUAAAGGAGUGGGAAGGCCGGUUCUUCUUGACAUGAUGACCAAAGGUGAAGAGGGGGUCAAAGUGUGGCACAUCGCGAUCUAA